AUGAUAAAUUCAAAGCUCUGGUUGGUUUACAGGUGCUCUUCUAGUAGUACAGCUCUUGGGAAGACUCUGGACAAUUCAGAAGUUACUCAGGAAGAAAUUGUGCUCCCACGCAAGAAAACCUGGGACAAGCUGGCAGUUCUUCAGACAUUGGCUUCUACUGUGAAGAGGGACCCAACUGCAGCUCAUUAUAUGUUCUAUGAUGACCCUUACCUUAUGCCAAGAAAUGCAGCCAAUUCUCGUCUGUUUGCAUUGGCGAAGGAGUCUGGAAGAAAUGCUGCAAAAUACAUUGUGAAGCAGUUUCCUCAGUAUUUUGACAAGACUUUAGCAGAGCCCAAUGUAGCAUGCUUGAUGCCUGAGAUUCUGACACCUCAGAUUGAAGGAGUGAGUGAGGAAGCUCUAAAAGAGCGUAUCUACCUCAGAAGGGUGAAGGAGUCAGUGGAUCUAUUUGAUCAGCUUGUACAAGCAGGUACCCCUGUAUCUCUGGAGACCACAAACAGCCUGCUAGAUCUGUUAUGCUUCUAUGGAGAUGGAGAAUCUUCUCUGGAAGAAGAGAAAGAGCAAAAAGAGGAUUUGGAAGAACCAGGGGUGAAUGCUUCUGAGCAGAAGGCUCCAAGGAGACAAUUCCAAAGAGGUUCACAGUCCUUCAGCUCUAGAUGGAGGGAGAACAACAAUGCUGAGAGGAUAUUCAAGAUAAUGCCAGAGAGGAAUGCACACUCCUAUUGCACAAUGAUCCGUGGGAUGGUGAAGCAUGGGGUUGCUGCUAAAGCUUACGAUGUGUAUAUAGACCUGCUGAAUGAAAGACACAAGGCUGAUGUUCACACCUUCAACAUGCUGAUUACAGCAGUCCCAUUUCUAAAGGACAGGUUCUUAGAAAGAUGGGAAUUAGCCAAGGUCUUCCUGAAUCACAUGGUUCAACAGGAGGUGCAACCAAAUCUGCUAACUUUUAAUGCUGUACUGAAGACCCUGAGAAGAUGUGGUGGUGUAGGCAGAAGUAUGUCUCCAUUGGUAAUAAAGGAAAUGGAAGCACUUGGUAUAGAACCUAGCCUUGCAACCUAUGAUCAUCUUCUCACGAUAUUUUAUCGAGGUGGUGAACUUAGCCCAUCAGGCAUCAUGUCUGAGGUGUUAGAUGAUGUUGAAAAGAGGAGCUUCACUCCCCAGGACCCUGACGAUGCCAACUUCUUUGCCACUGCUAUGCAAGUGUGCUGUGACCUGAAGGACAUCAAGCUCGCCUAUCAGUUAAACAGGGCAAUGGAGAAGGGAGACAACUGGAAGUUCUUGGACAUGGAUCGGUUAAAUGCCUACUGGUCGAAAUUCUUUUCCUUGCUGUGUAUGAUGGAACAGAUCGAUGUGGUGUUGAAAUGGUACAAAGAAAUGUCCGCUUCGCUCUUCUAUCCAUCUCCUAAAAAUAUAUUGGACCUCCUUCAAGCACUGGAUGCAGCCAACCACUUGGAAGUGAUCCCUUCGGUCUGGGAAGAUAUGAAACAGUUGGGGUUUAACAGGAGACAGGACCUGUUGGAAGAGGUGUUGUCUUUGAUGAGCAGGGAGCAGCACCCUGAGGAGAUUCAGCUGGCAUUUGCCAAGUGUGCUGAAGACAUCAAAGCUGUUCACGAGCAAACAGGGAGGGAGCAGGUCCCCUUGGAAUGGACAGGAAGUGCCCUGGGCCAUGUUGCUGUGUUAUUUUCCAGGGCUGGGAGAACCCAGGAUGCUUGGAACAUGAUGGAGUGUUUCCAGCAAAUAAAUAGGAUUCCCACUGACCAGGUGAUGGAUGAGUUCUUGACCUGUGCUAAACAAACCAGCUGCCCGGAUGAAGCAAUUAAGCUGGUCAAGCUGGCAACGUCCCUUGGCCUCCCUGCAGCUCAGAGGCUUAAGAGCAGAACAGAGAAAGAAUUUGAACUUUCUGAAAAGCAGAAGGAAACAUUGGAGAGUAUCAGGCCAGACAGCGAUAGCGACAGUGACAGCGACAGUGACAGUGACCGUGAGUAG